UCUACUCCAUCUUUCAACAGAAAAUCUCCUGCACUUUCUCAAAUUUGAAUCUCUUUCACCGCCCCUUUCACUCUCCACAGAUCUCUCAUUUACAGAUCCAUUCACUCCCGAUGCUCUACACUGCAGAUUAGCUUAGCCCUUCCCCCCCUGUUUUUUCUUUAAUUUAAAUUUAUAUUCUGGGUCGUAAAAUGGAGUUCACCGAGACGUUUAAACAGACAGGUCCCUGCGCAUUUUCGCCCAACGCUAGAUUUCUAGCUGUCGCCGUCGAUUAUCGCUUAGUCAUUCGCGAUGUUCACACACUCAAGGUGGUGCAAUUGUUCUCGUGCCUGGACAAAAUAACAUACAUUGAAUGGGCUCUUGAUUCCGAGUACAUACUCUGCGGUCUAUAUAAGAGGCCUAUGCUACAAGCAUGGUCUUUGGCUCAGCCGGAAUGGACGUGCAAAAUUGAUGAGGGUCCUGCUGGUAUUUCAUAUGCAAGGUGGAGCCCUGAUAGUCGCCACAUACUAACAACUUCUGAGUUUCAGCUGCGGUUAACUGUAUGGUCAUUGCUGAACACUGCAUGCAUACAUUUGCAAUGGCCAAAGCAUGGUUCUAAGGGAGUAUCAUUUACCAAAGAUGGAAAAUUUGCUGCUAUAUGCACUAGGCGUGAUUGCAAAGACUAUGUUAAUCUCCUUUCUUGUCAUACAUGGGAGAUUAUGGGUGUUUUUGCUGUAGACACAUUGGAUUUGGCUGAUAUUCAGUGGUCACCUGAUGAUAGUGCAAUAGUCAUAUGGGAUUCCAUUCUGGAAUACAAGGUUCUGAUAUAUUCUCCUGAUGGUCGGUGUCUGUCUAAGUAUCAAGCAUAUGAAAGUGGGUUAGGAGUCAAAAGUGUUUCUUGGUCACCCUGUAGCCAAUUCUUAGCAGUGGGGAGCUAUGACCAAAUGAUACGGGUUUUAAAUCACUUGACGUGGAAAGUGUUUGCAGAGUUUACACAUCUAUCUAAUGUCCGUGGUCCUUGUGCUGCUGCGGUUUUCAAGGAGGUAGAUGAGCCCUUGCUACUUGACAUGUCAGAAUUGUCACUGAGUGAUGAAUUUAUUCAAAGAAGUUCUGACAAUGGUGCCGAGACAUGCAUUCAAGUAAGGUAUGAUGUCUUGGAGGUGCCAGUUACUCUUCCUACACAGAAGCCUCCUGCAGAUAAACCAAACCCCAAACAAGGGAUUGGACUCAUGUCAUGGAGCAGUGACAGCCAAUAUAUGUGUACUCGCAACGACAGCAUGCCAACAGUUGUCUGGGUAUGGGACGUGCAGCGUCUAGAGCUUGCAGCCAUCUUGAUACAGAAAGAUCCAGUUCGAGCUGCAGCUUGGGAUCCCACAUGUUGUCGUCUAGUUUUAUGCACCGGAAGCUCUAAUCUAUACAUGUGGACCCCUUCAGGCGCUUAUUGCAUCAAUGCUCCGUUUCCUCAAUUCUCUGUCCUUGACUUGAAAUGGAAUUCGGACGGGAGCUGUCUUAUUCUGAAAGACAAAGAUUCAUUCUGUUGUGCUGCCGUGCCCCUGUUGCAAGAAUCCAGCGAUGAUUACAGCUCCGAUGAUUGAUGUCUGACUCAGGUUGCUACUUGCAAACUCAUUUACAACAAAUAUGUGAAAUUUGUUCUAAGAUGUAGUGUAGGAAUCUUAACUGAUGAGGUGUAAUUUGAUCAGACAUCUUAACACUGUAUAUCAUCACAUGGUUGAAUUAUUUGCAAUUAAUUUUCAUCGGAUGUAGCUUAGCUGGAAGUUUAAGAACA